GGGCGAUUAUUUAACUCAAAAUCAUGCAAUAUGAUAAUUGCAACAAAGCGAAAUAUACAAUUACAAUAUAUACAGGGACAGUCACCAGAGCCAAAGGUUCGAGAAUAUUUCUAUUACAUCGAUCAUGAAGGCUAUCUGUUUUUAGACGAUGCUAAAAUGAAAAACUUCACAUCCUGCUUCAAAGAAAAACAAUUUCUUAAAUUCUUUUUCAGCCGGUUGCGCUUUAAUCGGACCACGCGCUAUAAUACCGAUUUUCCUUACUUGUCCCUCUGCGGAAGAGAACGCAAUUUUGUGCGCUGCGACGAUUCGCCGAUUGUUUUCACACACUUAUUGCAGCAAGAUAAUGGCAGUGCUAACUUGGGCUAUGCUCAUGCAGCAGACGCCUUGACGGUUGAUUUUCAACCUCAAAAAAUCUACAUGAAUCCAGAAACAGGCCGUGUGUAUCAUCCAGCUUGGCCGCAGGUUGGUGGUAUUGGUCUUAUACGCUCAAAAUUAGCCAUUGAGAUGAGCCGUAGUUUUGAGUUUACCGGUGGCGAGGAUAAGCCGCCCACACAUUUUAACUGGAACAAUGCUCGCUUGGAACUUGACAACGAUUGGGUUAGAAGCACAGCCCGCUACGGAAUGAGUCCCGAUGCGGCGACAAAAAAACCUCUGGGUGAAGAAAACUGAUUUCAACAAUAUGCUUAAUAAAAUACAUAUGUAUUCAUUUUUGUAAAGCA